AAAGGCACUUAAAAAACAAAGGAAGCUUCCUCGAAAGAAUGACUCACACAACAGACAAUGGAAAAACAUAUAUACUCUCUCAUGCAUUCUAGUUAAAUAUCAAUCCUAGUAUUAUCUCCCAAAUUUUGUUUUAGGACUCAUUAAUGUCUUUCUCAGGUUAUCCCUUUGGCACAUGGAAGCAAACUGGAGGUGUUACUUAAACUGAAUUUAAAGUUAGCUUAUAGCUUGAAACUAUGUCUGCUUAUGCACAUCAAAUGGAGCAGCAGUAUUCUGCAGUUAAUCUUUCAGAUGAUUCUGAUACAUCAAGCCAUUAUGUGCUGGAUUCAGGAUUCUACAUGACAUCUUUUACUGCAACAAUCUUUCUUUCUUCACUUGCCAUUCUUGGAGUUUUAUUAAUUACUUUGCUGGUUUCGUUGGCGAUUAUGCUGCAAUCAUGUGAAAGUAAAAACAGUGGAACUAUUGAACUUGAGAAUACAAAUGAUUACUACAGUUAUUGCAGGGUGCAUUCUCUACAUGCUGAACUCAAUAGCUUAGAAGGAUAUGAUAUUCCUAAUAUAUGUAAAGAUUUGGCUAUACAUUAUAUCAAAGGGGGUCAAUAUGCUAAAGACUUGAAUUUAAUUGUGUCUAUGAUUGAUGAUUACUUCAAGAGUAUGAGACCUUCAGAGAAUGGUUUGGAUGUAGUGUUGAUCGACAUAGAUGACAUUGUUCCUUCAAAUCCUUAUUCUUCUAAUUUCUAUCAUAGGUUUCAUAAUGACAGCAUUAGCAACUGUGUCAAAGAGGAAAAAGAUGUAAAGCUCAUGUUUGUUUUAAGAUUAUACAUGAACCUUCAAACUAGUGGAUGGUCUAUAAUUUUGUUAUCAAGAGAGCCUGAAAUAUACCAAAAUGUCACCAUUAAUCAUCUAGUUUCAGCGGGAUUUAGAGAUUGGUCUUCCUUGAUGAUGAGAGCAGAAGAUUCAGAUUCUAUUAAAGGGAAUGAGUACUUUUCUAGGCAAAGAAGUGAGAUACAGAAGAAGGGGUUCCAUAUAAAAAGUAUUAUAAGUAGCCAUUUGGAUGUAUUGACCGCUCCAGAUAAUCGAAUACGAAAUUUUCUACUUCCAGGUCACGUAUGCGACAAGUUUGAACAUCAGAUAGAGAGCAUAGAUACUGGACAUUAGUUUUAUGAUUCUUCUUUCAUUCAUCAGGAAGACAGAAUAACUUCUAAUUAUUUAGGUUCUUUUAUUUACCAUAAACUAGAUAUGUUUUUGUUAUACAUUAUUACAUUUAACAUCAGUACUACAGAAAAUUCAGUGUACCUAUUCGCAGUAACUAGAGAUGAAUCUGAUGCUGUUAUGGCAACUUGUAGCUGUCAUAACUCAGAAGCUGCUGCAAAAUGAAUUGAACCAGGAAGAAACUUUUGAUUUGAUGAUUA